UCCCGUAUUCGCUCGUCUUGCAGAACUGUUCCGACGCCUCGCUUCCUGAGUCAGCCUGAACUGCGAGUGCUGAUCCGACGAGCAAUCCAUCAGAGUCGAUCCUCCAAUGUCUUGCUGCCUUCUCGGAUCGUCUCGUCUCAAACUACGCCCGUUUCUCUGUGUGUUUGAAUGUGACCGCUGAUGCCACCGGAUGUCCUCGAGGAUGGAUAGUCUCGUGCAAGACUUGGGUGUGUUCUUGCGCAUGAAACAUUGUCCCGUUUCCCGAGAGUGGUUGUCGAAGCUGGUCACGGAGAAUCCCAUGCUGACCGGUCCCGAGUGUUACGAGCUAAUGCUGAACACAGACAUUGCUCAAAUCGGAAUUUUCUCGCUUCCGAACGAAAUUUACCCCAUUCGCAUCAAAGGCAUUCUGGAAGGACACAUAUUGCUACAGAUCGUAUCUAUCAAGGAUAUAGGCUCCUCAUUUUACUCUCAAUUGAGACAUCUAGAAGGAACCACCAAUGCAAACAAUGAGGUUUCCGCUGAAGCGUCAUCUGAGGAGAGAAGAACCCAUAUACGUGGCCAACGCUGUCUCCUCUUGGAAUUGACGGAUGGCUGUCAAACCAUACGCGCCAUGGAGUUCGAACCGGUACCGAGCCUUUCCGUUGGAGUUCGCCGCGGCUCAAAACUUAUGCUCAAGGGCUCUCUAGAACUCAGAAGAGGCGUAAUCCUGUUACGAAGAGACUCAGUCAUCCUUUUGGGCGGGUCGACGCCGGAUUCCGAUACGGACGCACUAAGAAAGGAAGAACUACAACGAGCAUUGCAGGAAUCGUCGAGGUGA